UUUGAACUGUUUGUAAAAAUUGACAGAAUCCAGUGCGAAUUAUUAUCUAGAAUGCAAUUCAAUAUUUAGAAAGUGUUUAAAACUGCAACAGGCAAGGCAAAUCGGCUUGGGACCAUAAGCAACCCAGUGGGAAGCGUCGCUCAAAAUGUCAGGGAAAUUUUAUUCAUUGCGUGAAAUGAAAUCAAUAGUGGAUUACCUAACAGUAAACCACUUCUACGGUGAAACAAAGGGCCGAAAGAUGUGGAUGGACUAUGCCAAUUCUAAUUCAACGCAAAGAACCUGGCAGAGCCUCAAAGAGACAUUCUUAAAAAGAAUCUUACCAGAUAUUACUAAUCCUUAUUACAGGCUAGACCCUGAUCAGAUAUUAAGCUUCAAGCGAGGGAUGAAUCUUACACAAAAAGAUAGAAGACUGGAAUUGCGACCUGUGAACACUUCUAAAGACAAUGGUGCAAAUGAUGAAAAUGACCAGCCAAGUACUAGCAAAAAAAAUACAGAAGAAAAUGCUACAGGUGAGGAUACCCAAUGUUCAAAAAUAGUACACAACAGAGCAUCCACUGAGACCCUUAUACUUGAUACAUGUUACCAAACUGCUGAGGAUAUGCAAAGUGAUCUCGAAAGUGCCAAUGAAGAUCAAAAUGAAGAUAAGGCAAACAAAUCAAAACCAGCAUUAAAGUCUGUUCGGGAUUUCAUAGAAUAUACAGAACCUUUGACACCUAUGCUGCAAGAGGUUUUGGAUGAUUUUGCAACAGAUGAAGAUUGUUCUGACGCUGAACCACCCAUGCAAAUAGAUGAAAAUUAUGUAGAUCAAGAUGAAAUAUUAGAUGCCCCAGAAAAUCCCACUUCAUCCCAGAGCAUUCUGAAACCAAAUAAAACACAAAACACAGCCAAAAUCACAACAUCUGGAGAAAAGGUUAGUGAAAAACAAGCAGGAAAUGUAAAUCAUAAUAAAAAUAAUACUGAAGACCCUGUAGUGGUUCCUGAUGACACAGUACUUUCUCAAUUGGAGGAUGUUAUGGUGUUAGUUGAUGAAGCUCUUGCACAAGACAUAGAUAAGGAGCUUAGCAGAAAUAUUGAAAGCCAAAAUAAGGAAGCCAGUUCUAAUCAGUCCAUUCCAAUGACUGACAGUUUACUUCCUAAUAAUCAAGAAGCUAUUAAAAAUCAUACUACACCUGAAGUUCCAUCGCCUACACCUUCACCACAUGACAAUGGUGAAAGAGGAAAUAGGAAAAAGGAAAGCCAGGUUGAUGAUAAACAAUCAAAUUCAAAAUCUAAUUUGAUGUCAGAUCAAGAGCCAGAACAAAAAGGUUCUGAUGGACUAAUCACUAUCGACUCUAAUGAAGAAAAGGCGAAUAACAAAGAUACUGCAAAAGACAUACUAACAGCUAAAAGUCCAGAAUCUCCUAAAAAGCCUUCUCUAAAAGAUGAUAAAGUUCAUGAAAUACAUUCAGAUAGUAGCACAGGCAUUAAAGAUAUAGAUCCACAAGUUGAUAACCCAUGCCUGAAAAGUGUCAGUUUAUUUGAACAGUUGUCUUCGACAAAAUAUAGUGAUUCAGAUUCAAAUAAUAAAGAAAACUCCAAUGACCAGCGAAAAACGCAAGCGCAAAAUGCUGGAGAAACAAAAACUAAUAAAGAUCCAAGGAGUGAGGGAACUAAAGUAAAUGAAGAUCAAAACAAUGAAACUGCAAACACCAAAAAACAAACACAGGAUGGUGUUAUUCUUCUAAACUCCCGUACCACCUCUGAAAGUGUUGAUGACUCUGAUAUCCACCAUAGACCUCUUGCCCGUUCAUCUCUCAAAAUUCAAAAGGAUAAAAAAUUAGCUAGCGUUUUCGGAUUUUCUAAUGGUGGUGCUCCCAAAAGCAGAAGAUUGAAUGGUCGCAAGAGAACUACCUCCCACCGUAAUGUGCAAUCGGACUCAAGUGACUGGACUUCAACUAGCGAUAGCGACUACGUGUCCCCUCCGCAUGGCAGGAGGAACAGAUAUGCUAGGAAAUAUCUGAAACCGCGUGCAGCCCGGAUAAUGUCGCUCGAGGAAGAAGGGGGCUUGUUCGUCAUGCUGGGGAAGAAGGUUUAUCCGUUGGUCAAAGAUGGCAAACCUGUCAAGAACUAUGUCACUUUCCUGCCUGAGAGUGAUCCCGAAGAAGAUGACUCUUAUUGGAAAUCCAAAUAUAUUGAAGAAAGAAAACGAACAGACGUAUUAAAAAAAAAACUGGGACAUUCUAAGUCUAAUGGCGUGCUAGAUAAAGAAGAAAAGGAUAGUUCUAUCUCGGUAUCUUCUGUCACUUCACCCCUGACCGAAAAUCGUACAAGAUUACCGCCAAGCCGACAAGAAAGUGUUCAAGGAAAUGAAUUAAUGCGACGAUAUAGCGGGGUUAUGGAAAAACCGGUCAGCAAAGAAACAUUAAAAAUCAAAUUCACUAAGAAUGACCAAGAAGUACAACUAGAGGGACACUGGCAACACAUAAACCCAGUUCUGGCGCAAGUGGUGUCCAUCUUACACAAGGAUGCGGAGAAGAAAGCUGACACGGUCACUUGUGUGGAGCUGUCGAGCGGGAACACCACACCCAUCACCCCUACGGUUAUACCUACUGAGGCGCCUAUGGAUACGGGAGUACGCGAUAAAGUAAACGAGUUAGAAUCAGCAAUAUUUAAAGAGAUAGAAGAGAAAGAUAAGAAAGAUGAUGAAAUACAGGAAGUUGUGGUACAAAAGGAAGACAAAGAAAAAAGUGUGCCCGCUGACAAUCCAGAAGUUAAGGAUAGUGUUCCAGAAAAUGUUGAAGAACAAGCAAAUAUUACGCAAAGGAAAAAACGAGGCAGACCUAAAAGACAGGUUUCACCAGCAGUUGUGGCGGCACAGACCCCGACUAAAAAGUCAAAAAAAUCUAUAGAGCUAAGUAAAGUCGUAGAGGAAGUAAAAGCUCAAGAUGUUAACAACACACCGAAUGCCGAGAGGCAAACAAGGACCCCUAGGAAACUCUUAAAUGGCGUGCCUCCAAAAGCCAAAGCAAGUAGGAAAUCAUUAGCAAAGCCACAGCCUGAGGCGCCUGUGGAAAGUGCACCAACUCCAGUAAUCGAAGAAAAUGAGGAGGAUGUGGUGCGCUACAAAUUCCCGUCGCCGGAACCCGAACAACAGACCACCAAGGCUAAUAUUACAAACAAAACCACUCCCAAGAAGCACUUACCUAACAUCGCUUCACCCGAAAGCUUAUCCCACCACUCAGCAAAUAGCAGUCAAGGCUACCAAGACUCUGACACUAGCCCAUUUAACAUAAACUUCAGAAGAAAGAGACGCUUAAGCAUCUCCACCCUGUCUAUAAAAGGCAGAAAAAUGAAACGUAAACAAAGAAGCAGAUCAUAUCCCCUGAUAAAACAUUUCUUUAGUGAAAGCGAUUCAUCCUGUAGUAUCACUUUCAAAACUGGAAGAAAAGAACAGUCUACCAUCAACUCUGAGGUGUACAGAUCGGAUUCGUACCAGUUCCUCAUGCCUCGGUCACGGACUAUAGAGAUACUGGAUAAGAUUGAAGAGGCGAACGAUAACGAAACUGACACGCUAGCGAAUGAAAUUCGCAACCUUCGUGACGAGAUUUUGAAAGCUAAUGACUCAAUAAAUAAAACUGAUCCAACCAGCUCCAGUAUAUUGUCUUUACCACUGUCCCCAGAACUGUCAUUUGUUGAGAAUUUAUCAGUAAACAAAAGAGCUAUUGCAGAAAUAAAUGACCACCCGACAAUCAAUGAAACGGAGAGCAAUACUGCGCAAAAUACGUGCAAUAAUAAAUAUCUCAUGUCUCAGGUAGACGUUUCCAUGCCUCUCAUGAACCAGGAUUGCGAUCUACAAGAAAAGUACAGAAAGCAUCUAAUGGCCGCGAUGAGUAAUUUAUCUGAUGGGCCAAAUUCUGCUGGACGGAAUUUGUCAAAGGAUUCAAGCAUGAGAAUGUCGAUAACAUCCGAAUCUAUCUUGAAAACUUAUUCUGGCAUCAACGUUGAGUCGUCAGACUCUCUAGACAGAAGACUGGAGCAACUGCUUUUGGAGAGCGCUCAAAAACCCGCGACUAAGGAAGAAAAGAUGGAAGUAGAUACACAAGUAAAGAAAAAGGGUUCUAGAAAACGAUGUUCAACUCCUCAUAAGAAAAACACUGUUCAAAAUAAGAAGAAGGUCAAUCUAGAACCAGUUAUAGUUGAAGAAUCAAAAGCUCACUGUUCACGCGGUGGCAGGAGAUCAUGCCCGCCGUCUGUCAAUAUUGUUUACUGUGAAAAAAAUGUACCAGACAACCUAGAAAUCAAUAUACAAGAUCAAAGGAUUGACGUCACUGCUGUUACCAAAAAGCCACGAAUUAAAAAAGAUAUUAUAAAAGUCAAAAUAACAAAACCGAAGGAUAAGCAGCACAAAAAGAAAAAGUCUCCUCAAAAGAAGCAGAAUAUUAGCCGCAGUUCAAACACUGAAGGAGAGAACGAGUCUGGUGUGUUUUUGCACGGUUUUGAAGAUAGUAGCGAGCUCAUACACAACCAUUCAGAGACUUGCCUUCAUAUCAGAGACUGUAUGGACCAAGACGGCUCCGACAGUGUAGAGUACAUAGACACUGCAUCCAAAUCUAUAAUUUCUUUGAGUUCGGACUCUUUCGCUUCCGAGAAUAAAGAGAAUUUGGGUGGAAACUCAAUGGAAAGUGGGAAAACAACACCUGAGCUGUAUUGUGACAAUGCUCAGUGUGCUACGAAUCUGCGUGAGGCUAAAGCAACAGAGAUGCAACGCGCAGACAGCGGCAACACGAUGUAUUUCACCCCGUUCGCGAGCCGAUGCAACAGCGCUCUCACCGACGACCUGUCAGAUCCGCCCGUCCCCAAGCCUCGCACUUCCAAAUGGUAUCUCCUCAGCGAGGACGAAAGUAACACCAACUAUUUUGAUGUGCAGGAUGACAGGCCAGUCUAUGGCGCUAAUUUGCAACAGAUAUUCCCUAUUACCUGUGCCAUCCCAGACUUAUCCACCAUUACGGAGAUGUCGGAGAAAAGCCAAAAAGCAAGUUUGGACGCUGGAGAAUUUAGACGGGAGACAAAGUGACAUAAGUAUUAUUUUUGUUUAAUUUUUAUUAUUGAUGUUUGUAGAUAAUUAAGAAUAUUAUGUUUAUUUAAUUUGUGAUAUAAGCUCGAUUUGUAAUUGAUGUUGAAUUAAUAUAUUGAUGAAGAGUAUAA